CUCUAUGCGACGCCGCUUUGAGUGUUAUUCUCUGCUAAUUUCUUAACUAGUUGCAUUAGGAUAGUAAAUUAGUGGAGACACCACUUGAAUGGAGUGGAAUUUAUAUAAAGGAUUUAUACAGCUGAUUCCUAUUAAUCAGUGAUGGAGAAAUACUUGACUGAUAUUCUGUUGUGCGUAGGAAGUUUACUAAUUGUGGAAAUUUUCUAACACUAAGCUUACUUCUUUAGUUGAGUUAUUAGGGGGCUCUUUUUAAUACUUUUCAGUGUCAGAAAGUAUUCAUGCCACGUGGAUUCAAUUUUCGGAAGAACAAAAUGAUUCUUGUAUGGAUGGUGUAAAUUUGCUAAAGAUAUUAAGCUAUAUUCACUUUUUAUUGUUCUCUGGACAAUUGAACAUGCUUAUGGGCAGUUCACUGGUUUGGAGCAAAUUGGCAUAUAUUUUGUAUGUAGAUGGAUGAUUCUUUUUGGAUAAGUUUUAGAUGGAUAAUUAUUGUUAUAAGAGCAUGAGCGUUAAAGCUUAAAUUUAAUGCGUUUCAGCACUUCAGUUUACUGAAAAUAAGAAGAAAACUUUAGCUGAGUGCACUCACCAGGUCAAGAAGACAACAUUGCUGAGUACUACCAGCAACAGGUAGAAAUGCUCGAGGGCUUCAAUGAAAUGGACACCUUGACUGAUCGUGGUUUUGUACCUGGGAUGUCAAAGGAAGAGAGGGAAAAAACUGCUAGAAAUGAAACAUUUGCCAUUAGGAUAUCAAAUGUUGCAAACAUGGUUCUCUUUGCUGCUAAAGUAUAUGCAUCAGUCAAGAGUGGUUCAUUGGCCAUCAUAGCAUCCACAUUGGAUUCGCUGCUUGAUCUUCUCUCUGGUUUCAUAUUAUGGUUUACAGCUUUCUCCAUGCAGACACCAAACCCAUAUCAAUAUCCUAUUGGAAAGAAACGUAUGCAGCCGUUGGGAAUCCUUGUUUUUGCUUCUGUCAUGGCGACUUUGGGACUGCAGAUAAUUCUGGAGUCUAUGCGUACACUAAUAUCUGAUGAGUCUGAUUUCAACCUUACCAAGGAGCAGGAGAGAUGGGUUGUUGGGAUUAUGGUCUUUGUGACUUUGGUGAAACUAGUUUUAAUGUUGUAUUGCCGGUCUUUUACCAAUGAGAUUGUGAAAGCAUAUGCCCAGGAUCAUUUCUUUGAUGUUAUCACAAACAUAAUUGGUCUCAUUGCAGCAUUGCUUGCUAACUACAUCACCGACUGGAUAGAUCCCGUUGGAGCUAUGAUUCUCGCACUGUAUACCAUUCGAACUUGGUCAAUGACUGUAUUGGAGAAUGUGAACUCUCUCGUCGGCAAGUCAGCUGCACCAGAAUAUCUACAGAAGCUGACUUACCUUUGCUGGAAUCAUCACAAGGCCGUAAGGCAUAUAGAUACCGUGAGGGCUUAUACAUUUGGUUCUCACUACUUUGUUGAAGUUGAUAUCGUCCUGCCUGCGGACAUGCCUUUGCAAGAGGCACAUGAUAUUGGCGAGUCGUUGCAGGAGAAGCUUGAACUAUUGCCUGAGAUUGAGCGGGCCUUCGUUCAUCUUGACUACGAAUACAGCCACAAACCUGAACAUGCACAGGCAUACCAAUAGUCAAAAGGAUAUUGUGACAUCUUAUCUAACCAAUGUACCUAAUACCUCUGCAUAAGUGAACUCUGAUAUGCUGUUCGAGAUCGGUUGAUCUGGUGAUUGCUCCUUAAAAGAAAAUAUGGAAAAGAAAAGGCUGCUAUGAUCUGGAUGUUCCCUAGAACAAGUAAUAUGAAUUAUUAUUAUUUUUUUAAUUUACUUUGCCUAUUCAUAUAUAUAACAUGAUUCCUCAGUUUGCUUG